CAGCGACCACACUGACCGAGUAGCUUUCUACUGAACGGACACUGUGCUCAAGGAAAAUCAUGAGAUCCCUAGUUUUGUUGCUCGUCCUGCCCGCAGUGGCGUACGGCGCUCUCAUCUUCGGCGGCGCCAAUACGGCCAAACGUUGCAGCGGAGUCUUGGUUAAUGGAACUGUCAAGGACAACGUAGCUGACCCCGAUGAUUGCACAAUACACUACGUGUGCACUCGUCCCUUCCAAGCGAAGCUGAGGUGCAGAAACGGACAGCAUUUCAGCGCGACGGAGAAAAAAUGCACUGAUCCUUGCACUGCUGCGUGUGACACCAGCCUUGUUUGCACGACUACGGCGGAGCCUGAAGUCUCAACUGAAGGCACGACUGCCGACCCGCUCACUUCAAACGAUGCCACCGCUGCUACCGAUGCAGCUGCGGAGCUCGAAACGAGCUCCUCGGAUUCCUCUUCGGUCUCUGCUUCAUCUGAUCCCGUCACGGCGGGAGGAUCCACGGGAGGACAAACUGUUCCGUCUGGCGAGGAUUCCAGCCCGUCGGAGUCUUCUGCGAGGAAUUCCAGCCCCACGGAGUCUACUGCGAAUACGUCUGACUCGAGCGACGCCACGAUUAGCGACUCGCCGACUCCUCCUCAAGAUAGCACCGUUCGCGGCUCGACUGGAACCGCUGAGUCGAGAGCCGAUGACGAUGCAACGACCGAAGGGACUACAUCGCAAAGUGUUGAGACGACGACGGCUUUCUGGCAGACAAUCGCCAAACACUUCAACCAGCCUCCCUCUACGAUUCCUGGAUUCAGCGGAACCAUCAAGCAGUAGACAGAAUCGGACCAGGCCCGUCGCUCGCGAUUGAUGUAAUUUAUUCCAUGGCUGUCGAACCUCACAAGCGUACUCAAUUCCUCAUUGUCGAUCAUCGAACAUCACAAUAAAUAAUCAAUAAGCAAGCCGCCGUUCCCCGU